AAAGGGUAUUUCCCAGAGUGCACUUCCUUACAGGAGAACAGUGCCUGUGUGGCUUAAAUUGCCAUCUGAAGAUGUUGAGGAUCAGAUUGAUAAGUUGGCCAAGAAGGGCCUUACGCCAUCACAGAUUGGUGUAAUUCUCCGAGACUCGCACGGCGUUGCACAGGUGAGGUUUAUCACCGGCAACAAGAUCCUGCGUAUCAUGAAGAAGAAGGGUCGCGGCACCACCCUGCCCGAGGAUCUGUACAGUCUGAUCAAGAAGGCUGUAAACAUCCGCAAACAUUUGGAGAGGAGCAGGAAGGAUAAAGAUGCCAAGUACAGGUUGAUCCUUGUUGAAUCCAGAAUUCACCGUUUGGCUCGCUACUACAAGAGGAAGAAGGUCCUCCCUCCCACUUGGAAAUACGAGUCCUCCACUGCCUCUGCCCUGGUUGCAUAAAGCUGUGAGCAAGAUAUGGGGUCGGGCAAAUUGGGAGUUCCUCAAUAAAAAGUUGACAAAUAUU